CGUUUGGCUUGUCCCACUUUUUUCGUUGAGUUUGUCCCACUUCUUUUCGUUUGGUUUGUCCACUUGUUUCGUUAUGUUUGUCCCAGUUUCGUUGUUAGGAUUGUCCCACUUGCUUACGUUAGGUUUGUCCACUUUCUUCAUUACGUGUAUUCCACUUGUUUUCGUUAGAUCGACAGAUGACAGAAGACACAUGACAGAGGACAAACCAAACCAAAACCAAACUAAACCACUACAUCAAAAAGUUAGGUUUGCCCCAUUUUUUUCGUUGGGUUUGUCCCACUUGUUUUCGUUUUUUUUGUCUACUUUUUUCGUUAGGUUUGUCCCACUUUUUCGUUUGGCUUGUCCCACUUUUUUCGUUGGACUUGUCCCACUUCUUUUCGAUUGGUUUGUCCCACUUUUUUUCGUUUGGUUUGUCCUACUUCAUUCGUUAGGUUUGUCCCAAUUUUUUUCGUCAGUACUGUCCUACUUGUUUUCAUUAGGCUUGUCCCAUUUUUUUCGUUAG